GAAACCAGCUGAUCUGAACAAACAUGGCUGCCCACAGCAAAGAAAACCUCAUGAGCCUUAGCAUGAAGACGAAAUCGUGAGUGCCGCAGCUCUUCGUGGAGUAUCCUCUCACGUAUUACAAGGGAGAAGACGGAGCAGAAGGCGUAAGAAGCCGGUCACCUUCCCCUGCAUCUCGAAGGCGACCAUGUUCGCGCUGUGCCGGCAGGCGCUGCGCAGAGCGCUCGUCUCUCCCACUCUGGCGCCGACGAGCGGAUUGCCUGCAGGGCCGACGCUUCUCGCCAACAACUUCAGCGUGGCCGCGACCUUGCACAAGCUCCAGGACGACUGGUUCAUGCCGGCGCCCAAAAAGUGGCCCAAGAAGAACGACGAGAUCGAGCCUCCCCAGGAACCCGGCCAGCCGCGCAACCAGGCCUGGGUGGUCCACUACCGAAACCAGAUCCGCUACUCGCCCAAGAAAAUGCUGCCCAUCGCGCAGAUGAUACGCGGCAUGAGCGUGGACGAGGCGAUCAAGCAGCUGACCUUCGUUCACAGGAAAGGAGCCAAGAUCGUCAUCGAAGUGCUCAAGGAGGCGCAGGAGAUGGCCGUUCGGGACCACAACGUCGAGUUCAAGUCCAACCUCUGGGUUGGAGAGUCCUUCUGCGGCAAGGCGGUCACCAUCAAGGGCAUUCGGAGGCACGCCCGGGGAAAACUGGGCAUAAUUCAUUAUAGGUACUGUCACUAUUUCGUUCGACUCGUUGAAGGGCCACCGCCGAAGCAUUACUACGAUCCCCCAUUGACGCCACAACAGAAGUUGGAAGAGUUCAUCCAAGAACUGAGGGACAGGAGAGUCAAGUACGGAACCUGACCUGACUGCGACGA